CGCCCCCGCCCCCUAGUGCCCGGCAGUCAGGCGGAAGCAGCCGCGACCAUUUUGAAAAGCAGCAGCACCGCCAAGCAUCAUGGACAAGAGCAACACAGUGAAGCUCUUUGUGGGAAACCUAGCGUUGGACACCACCCAGGAGGAGCUGUCGGCCAUCUUUGAGCCGUACGGACACGUGGUCAGCUGCAGCGUGCUGCGACAGUUUGCCUUCGUUCACCUGCAGGGUGAGGGCGCCGCCGAGCGGGCCAUCCGCGAACUCAACGGACGAGAGUUUCGUGGACGGAACCUGGUGGUGGAGGAGUCGAGGGGGCGGCCGCUGCACUCCACCAAAGUGUUUGUGGGGAAUUUGAGCGGCAUGUGCACCACUGAAGAUCUCCAACAGCUCUUUCAGACCUUUGGGAAAGUUCUGGAAUGUGACAAAGUCAAAGGUGAGCAAAGAGCCAGGCAUUCCUCUUCCAUAGGCUACGCCUUUGUGCACAUGGAAAACAAGGAAGACGCACUUCAGGCCAUCGAGGCGCUUCACGGCACUUCCUUCAAGGGGCGUCCGCUCUCCGUGGAGCUCUCCAAGGUUCAGCCCAGCAAGCAGACACCCACAGGGAAGCUCCCGUGCGUCAACUGCGGGAAGCAGGGCCACUACGCGGGCGAGUGUCCCAUUGUGAAGCCCACGCUGGAGCAGUACCAGAGUCAGGCCGCCGUUCUUGCUGCCGCCGCUGCUGCCGCUGCCGGCCUGCCCUUGCAGGUACAGCAGAGCGUGCACAACUCAGUGUACAACACAUCCACGUUUGAUCCCACGUAUGCCGCCCUCACCGGGAUCACCACUGGCACGCGCUCAGACGGAAACCCUGUGAACCCGGCUGUGUAUGGCGCACUCGCCAGUCAGGUGUAUGGUGCCAACGUGGCCAAUCAGUUGUAUGGAUCAGUGGCCAAUCAGGCGGCUCUGACAUCAGGAGCCACUCAAGUUUACAGCUCAGUCGCUCCCAACCUCUACGGUCAAGUGGCAGCGAAUCCCGCUGCUGCUUACACAACGCCCGUUUACACGCCGACCAUGGCCAACCCCAUCUACCUGACCGCCGCCCCUGGGAUAGACAUGCCUGGAGCGGCAGUCAACUCUGCUUACACUGUUGGCCCUGGGCCCGCCUAUGCUCACAUCACCGCCAUGGGUGCGGCUGACCCUGCGACUGCCAUCUUCGAAGCGGCUCGGCAGGCACAUUAUUUUGCCCAGGGUCAACAUGUCAUGGCCGAGCAGCAGGCAGCGGCAGCCAAGUCUGGUGAAAGAGACCGCAGUCCGCUGCGAAGGGCGGCCUCCCUCCUGCCAGACCCGAUCAUGAAGCCGUUUAUUUACCAGAGAGCCAAACCACGGCGCUCGCUGCUCCCUACACCCGCCGGCCGCACCGCCGAGGAGGCGGCAUCUGAAGCUGCCGAGGACCCUGUAGCAAGGUACUAUGCCGACUAUUACCAGCAGCUGCAGCAGUACCCUCAAUUCCAGUACGCCUACCCCUCCGCCGGGGCCAUGACCGCCCUUGCUGGCAUGUCGGCGAUGCCCACCAUGACCGCCCAGCCCAUGGCCACGCUGGACGCCCUCAGGCCAGUGGUUCCCGCCGCCGCGGCCGUGGCAGCCGCCAUGGCCGCGCCCAGGGUGUAUGAGCCGCCGUUGCCGCCGCCUACACGCAAGGAUUCCAUCCUCCGCCGCCCCGAACUCUCCCUUCACACGCCUGAGCCUCCCUUCCGAUAGUCUGCCCCCACCCCCCUUUGCUCACUUCUUCCUCAAAAGUGACAGCGACUUUUUGUGGGGGAGGAGGCGGGGAUUAACCUGUCGGUCCAGUUCGUGUCACACAGUGCAGCCACUCGCCUGAUGGCCAUUUUUGACCUCACUUAGACUUCUUCUUGCGCCAGUAGUGAGCCGCCACUGCGACUCACCUUUGCCUUUAUCCUUCAGUUCCUCAGGCCGGACCUGCGACAGGAAGUCGCGUUCUGUGCUACUCGCCAUCCUUUUGGCAGCUCAUUUCCUAUCAGUUUUGCCUUAUGUUAAUUAGCUUGGGGGGCGGAGUCAGACAAGCACACGCUGCGGGCUGGCUGCAUUGUGUCGGACACAAGUAAGCGGGGAGUGGGGGUGGAGGGGUGGUUAGUGAGCAGCACACCAAGUGAACGUAAAGCACACGUGAUCCCUACUGUAACCUUUGUUUUUUUCCCCACAUGUUGUCAUGGCAAUGCAGGAAGCCACUGUCUUACCCCCCACCCCAGUUUUUACACAGCUGCCUACCUCUGCCCCCCCUCUUUUUGUCCCCAUGUUAUAUGUUCAGAGGCCUUUUUUAAAAACAUCUUUUGUUGUUUCCAUGUCGUUAACAUAGAAACGUGUAACUACUGAAUGAUAAGUUCGACUAUGUGCCUGGCAGGGGGGUUGCAUGGGACCCCCCUAUCCCUCCUCCUCUAGCCCCGAAAUAAAACAGUGUUUUUCUCGUUUAUGUUUAUUUCCUACACAUGUGGUGCUGUUAAGAGGAAGUGACAGCACAAGAGAGUCAGAUAGGGGUGCAGUCAGUGUCUUCCUGCCACCCAGCUCCCAAACCCCUCCCACCCCAAAAUACCAUCCUCUCUUCCUGAUUCCAGAUACAUCAGAUCGUGUUUGCAAAGAAAUGUUUGGUGAUUGUUUGUUUGGGGGACAAGUUCCGCCCCCUCCCUCCAGCAAGCAAUCACCGAUCACUGAUUGGUCUUUGUUGUUGUUUGACAGCUGUGUUCUGCACAUAGACACGCCCCCUUCUCCCUUUCCCUGUGGUCGUCACAGUCGUAGAGCUUUGCGUGGACUUUUGUCUUGUUUUGGCUUCGGGUUAGAGGAAAGUGGGCAUGCUCUGAUCGAUUUAUUGAUUGACACGUGUAUUGAAACGUUAAUAAACUGUGUGGACGUUUACCAAAGGAACACAAAGCUUUUGGCCAUUUACGCUCCUCUUUCUUCUCCUUCUCGUCUUUGUGUGUAUCUUCUGCUACUUGACCACACCCACUUUUUGGGGGCAGAGCGUCACGCACCUCCUAUUUGGGGCCGGGGUUUGUGUUGGGUGGGUGAUGGGUGUCGCCUCGUCGUCCCUGCGUGUGUUUGUGUGUUGACUGCAUGACACCAGCAGCCAGCCAUGGCCUCCACUAACUGUCUCAACUGAAUUAGGUCACCUGGACGACGGCCAUCAUUGCGGCGUGGAUGACUUUUAGGGCGACGGGGGUCAGCGUCAAGGUAAAUGAACUCUAUCUCCCACCUGCUGCCACUCCCCUAACUGUUUGCCAAAAACACCCCACCCCCAAUUCCUCCACCGGCCCCUCCCCCUUUACCGUCACCACUACCCCCCCUCCUGCUUCCUCGUUAAGGUAAUGGGCGGGGCUUCAAGUCCUCCGGCGCAUCCUAAAGCAACGGUCUUGUGUGUGUGAGUGAGUGAUUGAGAGGAUGGUUGUAAUAUUGGGGACGCGUCCCCUCCGCCGUAUUCGCCGCCCUCACGCCUUCCAACCCCCCCCACUAUCCGCCGCUCACAUAGCGCUUUUUUCCCGCCGCCACCGCCGUUGCCACCUCGGGUGUGAGCUUGUGGCUCCGACUUCCCAAACCCGCCCACCUCAACCUCCCCCAAUCUCUUGUUGCCAUGGAAAUGAGGGCAUGCGAAUGGAGCGUGUCCGUGUGUGUGGGGGAAAGAGUGUGUGGUGCAAAAAUGGCUUUGCUGCGUCGACGGGGUAGGGGGAAGAUCCCGAGGCGUCCUAUAAGAUUGGGCCAGCGCCACCUGCAGAUUGUCAACAAUCUCAGAGUUCUUAUAGGGCGCUUCUGAUGACUCAGCGGACGUCAGCGUGUAGCUUGCAGUGGAGGCGGGGCUUGUUGCAGCAGUUGUGUGGGGAUAGAAGCUGAGCUUUAGCGCCUCCUGACGGAGGACACUAGAGAAGCUCACGUGUUGCUUUAAUAAAGAAAGUGAAGUGAAGCGUCUUCCUCGUCUAUGCCUUCGUCUUUGAAUGCACCAACCCUCCUCCUCCUCUGUGUCGGUUGUCCACCCCAGGCCAACGUCAGCUGACGGCAUGUGGUAGCUGUGCUUGAAACAGCUGAUGACAAGGGUCAAAGUUCAACGGUGAGCUUCAUCAUUCUUGUUUUCAGUGGGCAGAGCUUCUGUUGACUUUCUUUCCCCAGGGUUCUCCAGCAUCAGUAACCAUGGCGACGGGACUUUUGUGAGUGAAGUGUUGAAAGAACUCAAUAAAUGCUAUGCUUCUUCA